AUGGAUAAAUUCCCGAUUCUUUCUCUCCCAGCCGUCCCGUUACGUCAAGUUCUCGGAGGGCUCUGUCCAAUUGAUCUUUUCGAGCUUCUCCAAUGCUCUUCUAGAACCAAGGAAGUUCUGAAGUCUUUCGAAAAGGCCAACAAAACUUUCAAGGUUGGAGUCGAUUUCCAAAGAAAUUGGGUUGAAAUCAAGGGUGUCUGCAAGUUCUAUGUGAAGGAGGAAGACAAUAAUAUGAAGAUGGAUAAGGAGAACAAAAAGAGAACAUUCUGUGACAGAGAAGUUCCGAUUUCUACUGAUGAGGCGAAAGCGACUAACACUUACUGGCCAGCUGGCGAAAAGCUUGAAGGAACCAUGAAUGUCGGACAAAACUUUGUGAAAACUCUGGGAGUUGGACAACUCGAUCAGAUCUUGAUCAGUGCUGAAAAUCCAGCUGCCGAAUGCCUCUCUUGGCUUGAAAAUUGCAACGUCAGACUGGAGAACUUCAAUCUGGUCGGAGCAGAGCCAAGUCACGCUGAUAAAUUGGCUACGACCAUUUUCUCUGAUGACUUCCUUUCGAAAGUUUCUCUGAACUUCACUUCUCUUCUGGAACCUUCUGAAGGGUGGCGUCCAAUCAAUUUCAGUGGAGAUAUGCCAAUCAACAUAUUCAAGAUCCAACUUCAACAUUCUCAAUGGUUCACUGGGAAACAAUUGAUGGCAAUGAACUGCUCAUCGAUCAUUUUAUAUCAUUCGACUCUCAAGAACGAGGAUAUCAAGAAGUAUUUGGAGGCGUGGAAGUCUGGAGCGUAUCCAAAGUUUUUGUAUCUUUCGGUUCAUGUCGAGGAAGCGAACAAGUUUAACUUCAAUUCGAUCGUCAACGGAUUGACUGAUAAUAAACCAACUGUCGUCGAUAACACCACUUCAGUCGAGUUCCAACGCGAAGAUGGAGACUCCAUCGAGAUCUGUCUUGGAAACGGCGGAAAGCAUUUCACGGCUUUCAUUAAUUAA